UUGACGAGGGUUCUUCUUUAAAGACAGGGUUUUUUUUUUUUUUUUUUUGAAUCUUAUGAAUCAAGAAAAUUGCCCCGGUGAAUAAAACCCUGACACACUAAUAAAAGAAUAAAACAAAAAAAAGGAACAAACCAGAUCUGAGGCUAACCCUGAUGAUACUCAUAUAUAGAUUAGUCAAUGAACAUAUAACUUCAUUUCUUUACUCACCAAUGUCGAAGCCCUUCCCACAAAUUUUGGCUCAAUAGAUCUUGGCAUCACCAGUAGUUUCUCUGAUCGAUUCUUACCCCACAUUGUACACAGAUUCUAACAUGACGACAAACAUUUCCCCAUCUUCAAUUGUUGUUGAAGUCCUAAGAGGUGAUAACUAUGAUGAUUGGAGUGCCUGCAUGAAAAGCUACAUGUUAGCUCAAGACCUUUGGGAUUUUAUUGAGCCUACUGUUCUUCAAGAAGGUGAUCAAGAAGUUGACUCUAAGCCUAUUGAUCAUCAAGAAGGUGACUCUAAGGCGUUGAGAAAAAAGAAUGCUGCAGCUUUACAUGCAAUUCAAAUUUCUUGUGCACCACACAUACUUUCCAAGAUUAGGAGCAUCACUUCAGCCAAAGUUGCCUGGGAUGCUCUAGCCAAUUUGCAACGACAACAUUCACCAAACCACAAAGAGCAAUCUGUUGAAGCAGAGCCAGCAGAAGAUGAUGAGUCACAAGGUUCAGAGCAAUCUGUUGAAGCAGAGCCAACAGAAGAUGAUGAGUCACAGGGUUCAGAGCAAUCUGUCGAAGCAGAGCCAGCAGAAGAUGAUAAGUCACAAGGUUCAGGAUCCGUGAGCUAUGGAAUCAAUGGUCCCUUGCUAGCCCUGUACAAGUACGCUCAUAAAGGAGAUUGGGAUGCCACAAAAAACUAUCUUAGCCAAUACCCAAAUGCGAAAAAGGCAAAGAUUAAACCUUAUGGUGGAACUGCCCUUCAUGUAGCAGCUUGUGCUGGAAAUCUGACAAUUGUGGAGGAGUUGGUGAAGAUGAUGUCAGGAGAAGAAUUGGAAAUACAAGAUGAUGAAGGCAGCACAGCUCUUUUUGGUGCUGCUACUGUUGGAAUCACAAAGAUGGCAGAAUGUUUGGUGAGCAAGAACAAAAACUUGGUUACCUUCGUAAAUGAAGAUGCAAAGAUCCCACUUGUUGAGGCAUGUAUAAGAAAUCACAAGGAUAUGGCUCUUUAUCUGUACUCUGUUACUCCAUUUGAAUUUCUUUGUCAAGGCAAUGGCAACCAUGGAUCUUACUUCCUUCAAUGUGCUAUUGGUGCUCAAAUGCUUGAUAUUGCUUUUGAUUUUCUGCAUCGCUUCCCAUAUCUGGCUACUACAACGGAUGAAGUUCUGAAGACGAACGGUUUGAUGUAUUUGUCUAAGAUGCCUGAAACAUUUCCAAGUGAAGAUCGACUUGCAUUUUGGCAGCGAUGGAUCUAUUCAUGUAUUCCCAUGCAAUCAAUUGCUACAACUGAUGACAAUAUUGUUCGUAUUAAUAUGCCUCAUCAAAGCCUAAGUGAGUCGAAGAACAUUAUCCUCCAAGGUAUUCCCUUGCAAUCAAUUGCUACAACUGAUGACAAUGUUCGUAUUAAUAUGCCUGAUCAAAGCCUAAGUGAGUCGAAGAACAUUAUCCUCCAAGUGUCAAGCAAAUUGCGUGGGUUUGCAAUAAAUCUCCUCGCAUUCUUAGGAAUCAAGAAAAUAUACGAGUUGAAGAAGAUCCACAUUUAUUCAGAUAAAAUUCUACGGUGUAUGUGUGAGUAUAUAUCAACUCUGGAUUAUGAGGAAUACCUCAAGGCAGAUGUACAUGGAGCGUUCCACAAUGCUGUAAGGAAUGGCAUGGUUGAGUUUAUUACUGAGGUGAUUAAAGCUUGUCCUCAUGUAAUGAUUAGUGGAGAUGGCAAUUCAAGGAACGUAUUUAUGUCCUCGAUUGCAAACCGGCAAGAAAAAGUGUUCAGCCUUUUCUAUGGACUGGAAGCAGAAAGAGAAGGAUUUGUUUCCCUCGUUGAUAGCACUGGAAAUACAAUGUUACAUUUGGCAGCAAAACUAUCACCUCCUUCUCAACUAGCUCGGAUCUCUGGUGCAGCUCUCCAGAUGCAGAGAGAGCUACAAUGGUACAAGGAAGUGGAAAGCAUUAUGAAUCCUAUACUAAAGGAUUAUCCUAAUGAGAACACUCAGACAGCCAGGGAAUUAUUUACGUAUGACCAUAAGGACUUGCUAGUGAAAGGAGAGCAAUGGAUGAAAGAAGCAGCAACUUCUUGUACAGUUGUGGGUGCUCUCAUCAUUACAAUGAUGUUUACUGCUGCCUUUACUGUUCCCGGCGGCAACGUUCAAGAGACCGGCUAUCCGAUUUUUAGAGAUGAGAAAUCUUUUACAGUUUUUAUAGUAGCGGAUGCAAUCUCUCUCUUUUCUUCAUCAACAUCAGUGUUGAUGUUCUUAGGAAUUCUUACGUCGCGAUACUCAGAGGAAGAUUUCCUUAAAUCCUUGCCCACCAAGUUAAUUAUCGGCCUUUCCAUGCUUUUCUUCUCUAUUGCAGCCAUGAUGGUAACCUUCUGUGCUGCUCUUAUAAUCAUGUUGGAUGGGAGAUUGCAAGUUAUAAUUCCAAUUGUACUCCUUGCCUCUAUCCCUGUAACUUUGUUCAUGUGGCUGCAAUUUCCCCUGCUAGUGGAGAUUGUUGUAUCCACAUAUGGAAAAGGAAUCUUCAACAGAAAAAUGAAACGCUGGUACUGAUUAAUGGUGAUAGACUGUUAGAGGUUAGCACUUUAUUGUUCCAAUCUGUUUAGCAAUUCCUAUUUCCCCAGGAUGAGCUGUUUUCUGUUCU